AUGUCGAGCAAGAUGCUAGCCUCACUGACCCACUCCCGGCCGCUAGCCUGCGCCGCCACGUCGGCCUGCCUCUAUCCUACGCGGCUGGUGCCUCAUCCUCCGGACCUCAUCAAAUGGGUCAGGAGAGAAGGCGGGUUUGUUCACCACUCCGUAAAGAUUGCUUAUUUGGAGGACGCAAAACCCAACGGGCUCGGGCUAGGGUUAGGGCUUGUGGCCUCGGAGGAUAUUCCCAAAGGUUCUGACCUCAUUUCACUCCCCCACCAUAUUCCUCUUAGAUUUGAUGGAGAAUCCUCGACCUUGAUCGAAUUAGCUCGGCAUGUACCAGAGGAACUCUGGGCCAUGAAAUUGGGUUUAAAGCUUCUACAAGAAAGAGCAAAAAGUGGUUCCUUCUGGUGGCCAUACAUCAGCAAUCUUCCUGAAUCUUUUACUGUACCCAUUUUCUUUCCGGGAGACGAUAUCAAGAAUUUACAGUAUGCUCCCCUUCUUCAUCAGGUAAACAAGAGAUGCCGUUUUCUUCUUGAAUUUGAUAAAUUGAUGAAAAGGGAACUGGAAAAUGUAAAACUGGAUGACCACCCUUUUGGAGGACAAGAUAUUGAUGCGUCAGCACUCGGGUGGGCAAUGUCUGCUGUUUCAUCACGAGCAUUUCGUUUAUACGGCAGUAAACGUGCAGAUGGGACCCACGUUGAUGCCCCUAUGUUGCUUCCCCUAAUAGAUAUGUGCAACCACAGUUUCAUGUCCAAUGCUGAAAUCGUACAAGAAAAAGAUGCAAACAGCAAGGAUAUGAUUGUGAAGGUCAUUGCUGCUACACAAAUUAAACAAAAUGAUCCUUUAGAACUCAAUUAUGGUUGCCUGAAUAAUGAUCUUUUUCUGCUGGAUUAUGGGUUUGUGGUUCCCUCAAAUCCAUACGACUGCAUCGAACUCAAAUACGACCCGACUCUUUUAGAUGCUGCCAGCAUGGCUGCGGGGGUUUCGGCCCCCAACUUCUCAGAGCCAUCUCCAUGGCAGCAGCAAGUUUUGUACCAGUUGAAUUUAGACGGUGAAAAUUCUGAUCUCAAGGUGAGAGUCGGAGGAUCGGAGCUGGUGGAAGGCCGCCUGCUUGCUGCCCUAAGAGUCCUCCUAUCAACUGACAAAGAAGGUGUCGAAAAGCAGGAUUUGGAUACCCUGAAAUCAAUAAAAUCAGAGGCCCCACUCGGAGUUUCAACUGAGGCUGCUGCUUUUCGCACGAUUAUCGCCCUUUGCAUGAUCGCACUUGGCCACUUCCCGACAAAAUUAAUGGAAGAUGAAUUACUUUUGGAGAAGAAAGUCCCAAACACGACUGAACUGGCUGUAAAAUACAGGAUGCAGAAGAAGUCGGUCAUUAUUGACGCCAUGCAGGAUAUUAGCAGGAGGUUGAAGCCACUUUUGUCGACUAAAUAG